AGGGGGGCAGGCGGUUCUACUUCCGGGCCGCCCGCCCCGCCCCGCCCAGGGCAGGCUCUACCGGGCGGCGGGCGGGGGCGGCGGCCCCGGCCAUGCGGAGCCGGGGCGGGCGGCGGCGGCGGCGCAGGGCCCUGCCUGGGCUGCGGCGGGGUCCCAUGGGUUUGGUGCACCCCGCGGGCUGCCGGGGGUAGGGCGGGGCGUCCCCCCUCCCCGUCGCCAUGUACACCUUCGUGGUGCGGGACGAGGGCAGCAGCGUGUAUGCCGAGGUGAGCCGGCUGCUGCUGGCCAGCGGGCAGUGGCGGCGCCUCCGGAGGGACAACCCCCGCUUCAAUCUGAUGCUGGGGGAGAGGAACCGGCUCCCCUUCGGCAGGCUGGGCCAUGAACCUGGACUUGUGCAGCUGGUGAAUUACUACAGGGGAGCAGACAAGCUGUGCCGCAAAGCAUCUCUGGUGAAGCUAAUCAAGACAAGCCCUGAACUGUCGGAGUCCUGCACUUGGUUCCCUGAGUCAUAUGUGAUUUACCCAACGAACUUGAAGACCCCUGUAGCUCCAGCACAGAAUGGAAUUCGCCAUCUUAUAAACAAUGCAAGGACAGAUGAGCGGGAGGUCUUCCUGGCAGCUUACAGCAGGCGUCAGGAAGGCAACGAAGGCAACGUGUGGAUUGCUAAGUCCUCAGCUGGUGCAAAAGGGGAAGGUAUCCUGAUUUCUUCAGAGGCUUCAGAGCUCCUGGACUUCAUUGAUGAGCAGGGACAAGUGCAUGUGAUCCAGAAAUACCUGGAGAAGCCUCUGCUUUUAGAGCCAGGGCAUCGCAAGUUUGACAUUAGGAGCUGGGUUCUUGUGGAUCAUCAAUAUAAUAUCUACCUCUACAGAGAGGGUGUCCUGCGGACCUCUUCCGAACCAUAUAACAGUGCUAAUUUCCAGGACAAAACCUGCCACUUGACCAAUCACUGCAUUCAGAAGGAAUAUUCCAAAAACUAUGGGCGGUAUGAGGAAGGGAAUGAAAUGUUCUUCGAGGAGUUCAACCAGUAUCUAAUGGAUGCCCUGAACACAACGCUUGAAAAUAGCAUCUUACUGCAAAUCAAACACAUAAUAAGAAGCUGCCUUAUGUGUAUAGAGCCUGUAAUCAGCACGAAACAUCUUCACUACCAGAGCUUCCAGCUCUUUGGCUUUGACUUUAUGGUGGAUGAGGAGCUGAAGGUCUGGCUAAUAGAAAUCAAUGGAGCCCCGGCAUGUGCCCAGAAGCUGUAUGCAGAGCUCUGCCAAGGAAUUGUGGAUGUAGCUAUCUCUAGUGUUUUUCCCCUCAACGACACUGGGCAGAAGGCAAGCCAAUCAUCAUCGAUCUUUAUCAAGCUGUGAUGACAACAAGAAAGCCUCUGCUGUGCACAGGAAGAGACUGCAACCGUUGGGUCAGAACAGUUGGGUGGCUUAUCUCAAUCUCAUGCCAAAAAAAGUGAUAGAGACAAGCUCCUUAUUCUCUAGAAAAUCUUGGGGAAAACCAACAAAAGAGGCAUCCACACAGACCUCUGGUGGGCCAAAGCUGCUCAGAUAACUCUGCCUGCAUUCACCAAAAUCCACUUUAGAAACAGCUCAUGUGACUUUGAUAUCUGAAACAAAUCUCUCUGGGAGAACAACAAGAUAACCUUAAAAUGAAACCCCAACAGGGAUACUAUAAUACUGUAUUAGCUUCUUUUCUAUAGAGACAACAUUGUCUGGUUUUUUUAAAGGGAAUUGAGCAAAGAGAAUUAUGAGCUUUUGAGACAUCGUGGCUGGGAAGUUGUCCUCCUCCCGUUGUGUUUCUUCUUUCCUCACCUACUGCAUCAUUAGUGCCUUAGCUCAGCUCCAAAUAAGUGACUCCUUUCGUUUGUUCCUGCUCUGUUACAUAGAAAGGAGCAAACUGUCUUGCAUCGCAGGAUGCCUAAAACCAGAAAUGCUAAGAAUUCAGUUUCCUUAAGUCAUUUUCUAAACUGGUUGUUUGAACACCCAGGCAAUGGCUGGCAAAAGGGUGCUGAACUGCAGGUGGUGAGUUAACUCAAUCAAGGAAGGCAGUUUUGUUCACAUAUAGCUAUCCCCUUUCCUAAUGAGAUUUGAAUCAGUGUCCAUCCCAUUCGGAUGCAAUUGGAUUCUAUUUAAGAGGUAGAGAGAGGCCCCCUCAGGGCUCACAGGGGGACUGCAGGAUUUCUAGCAUAACUUUUGUGCUAAGAGUGUUUCAAAUAGUAGAAACCCAAUCUUUUCAGUUUCUUCUGAGACACUGCAGAGAAUUUUGGCUCAGCUUUCACCUUUGUGCAUUUGAAGUUUGGAUCCAAGACCUUUCAACCCAAAGGAUUUUUAUCUCAUUUGAUCCAGCCAAUUUUCUUCUCCUCUGUUUGACAAAUACUGUAAUUUCCUGCCCUGAUCACAGCCCACAGCUUGGUCCCAGAAAGGGGGGAAAGUGGGUGAGAUUUAUAGAUCAGGAAAGAGAUUCUUUGUGUAUAGGUUUGCCACACAGAUGGCCAGGCAGGUGUCUGGGGAUGGAGAGGAGUUUAUAAUUCCUUGAAGUCCCAGAAUUUCAGAGCUAACAUCUACUUCAAGUAUGACCUAAAUCCCUGGUGUACAUUGCCCACCCUGUGAAGUAUGCCUGAAUUUUCAACGUGAGCCCAGCACAUCCCUCUGAAGCUAGAGCUCUUUGCAGAGCCCAGUGGCACUUGUAGUGGCAGUGGGCAUUGUGAGGAGUGUUCAGGGCUGUUUUCUGCUGCCUCUCUCAGGGAGAUAUUUGGCACUGAAAUAAACUGGUUCCUGUUAUCCAUGACAAAGAAACCAGAAGAGAUUUUGAAGGUUCCAAGCUUCUGUCUGCCUGUAUGUAAUUGGAAGUGAAUCUGCCUCUCUCAGAAGAUCCUAGCGUUUUUCCAUACUCAUCUCUGUUCACGAUGAAGACUUCAGAGGUCUUCAUGCCAGCAGAUGAUCCUGGCAUCUUUCUGUAGACAGGACAAGUCCCAGGCCUCUGUGGAAUGUUGAGUUUUGAUUGUGCUGUCAUGGCAUGGGCAUUCAUAGCAACAUGCAGUGAAUCCACAGGUGGCACUGUUUCACACAGGGACAGUCAAAUCCAGGAGGGAACAGUGCUUAGCAAAACCUCACAGAUGCAUCACAGAAGACGCCACAGCCCAAAGAGCUGCACACCACUUCUUGAAGUUGUCGAGGCCCUGAAGUCUGACGUGGAAUCGCAUCUGCAGGGGCUGUUGUGGACACAGGGUGCACACCAGGAAGUGACAGAAAGCAAGAGCUUUGUGAAAACAGGCCUGCAGCUUUGUUCCCCUGCAGUGCAGAUGCUGGUGGGUAGCUUCACUUCCACUGAGACCACGAGUCCCAGGUCUGGUUUCUAGAUUUGGGCCUUGUGGGCAUUCAGAAAGAGGGGCCAUGAAAGCAUUAAUUUGUGAGAUGGGAAGCACUGGGUGAUAAGCUGGGAGAGGUGCUGGGGGGAAGGACUGGUUGGAUUUUUUUAACCAUAUGAUAGCACACAGGUGUCAAAAUUUCACUGAAGGACAGGUAAAGUAUAGUGGUAACUCUCCAAAGUAAAAUGUAGGCUGUAGGGGUUGUUGCUCAACUCAUGAAGUUUGCCAUUCGCAUUUUCACACAUUAGCUCGUGUGAGCUUAAAAAAUACAGCUUUUUCCCCAGCAAAAGGAAGAUCUAGUAGCAAUCAGUCUGGGAUCAGUUUGGGAUGUGACUGAGGCAACAGGAGACGUUGGGCUCUUCUAGGGCAGAGGCAAGCAGAGCGCAAAGUGAGAAGAGGUAUUUUUCUCCGUCAUAAUGCAGUGAGAAAUGCUAAUUAUCUGAGGUGCUAGAGUCAUCCUUCUUUUCACUGCAGAAGGGAAAUUAAAAAAAAAAAAAUUAAUCACUCCCUAGCUGCACAGUAAUGUGAGUGGAAUAAGGGCAAGAAAGCUGCCUGGUUGCAGACAACAGCAAUGGCCCUCAUUGAAACAGCUGGUAGCACUGGGAGGAAUAGGGACUCUGGAAUCUCUAACUCCAAGGCCUUUUCUUCCACAUUUUUCACCCCAGAUUGCAUUCCAGCAUGUCAGCAGAUGGCUGGUUUUGCUGCUUAACUGAAAGCAAGGCUUCAGCUCGAUGGUAGAGUCAUGACUACAAGCAGUGCAGCUAUUCAUACCCUGUUUUUUCAGAAGGGGAGAUAGUGAGUCAGGGACAGUUUGACAUUGGCUCAUUUGCUCGGUUUUUCAGAAAUAAGCAACAGCUUCUGGAGGAAAACAGCAGGUAUCUCUUAGUAAAUCUGUAUACUAAAUACCACUAGACAUGGUAUUUACCACAUGCUCUCAAAGUGCUCCCCAGGGUAAAGCACAGGAGGUAGAUAGAUAACAGGUGAUGGAGAGCACAGUGUCUAAUACUAGUCUUGCACAAAAUACUAGCCAAGAUGGAGUAGAGGAUGCUCCUUUUAUGUCUGAGGUGUGAGCAUGGCAGCCGUGGGUGCACCUUGCAAGUGAUACUCAGAAGAUACCCUUGUGAGACUUUGUGGGUUUUUUUGUUUGUGGGACUGUUUUUUGUUUUUUUAUUUUUAGGAAUACAAAACAAUAAAUGUUUUCUAGCUUAUUUCAGCUAGAAAGUAAAUAGGAAAGCUCUCUCCGGAGCUUUCACAAAGGAUGGUGCUGGGUUUCCAGAAGACACCUCCCAUACUGCAGAAUGUCUCUAGUCUUAGUUGUAUCCCUUCAUGUCAGCCAUGAAGAAUUUCAGGCCCAGGUGCUCCAGCUGUGUUUUCCAGCAGGGUCUGGGCCCACUGGACUCUGGGUUUCAGUAAACUCCCAUGUGGCUUGUCUCAUACCAGACAUGUGAUAACCAUGCAACAGCUACUGUACUCCUGCUGAAAUCUGUUGGCUGACCACAGACAAUGGAUAAUACUGGAGAAGUCUAAGAAAGGCUGAAAAGCCUUUCUUGGCCUGGCUUCCCAGCCCUACUGUGACCAGCUCCCUUCUGGACUGCUUGCAUGUUCCUGCUUCCAGCAUUUCUUAUUCUCUACAUGCAGCUCGCCCCCAGGAGAGCAAUGCUGUGCCAUAUGUAAGUUCAUAAUCAUGUCUCAUUGCCAGUGUCCACUGUGGCAGCUCUCAGAAGACCCUGAUGUUGAGAGGAUGGUGGGGUACAUAUGGUACUGGCAAGCUGGCAGCCUGUCAGGCACCAGUCCACAUCCCCAGCUGCUCGUGUCAGCAUGUGCGUGGGGAGCCAGCAGGUUCCUGAGCUCCUGGAUCUCUGGUGAUUAUCCAUAGCUCUCCUAAACCAUCAUUAAAACAUACAGACCCAA